AUGGCGGAUGCCGGCAACAAUCGAAUUAUGAAAUGGCGAAGAGGUGCGAAAAAAGGGAAAAUUGUUGCUGGAGGAAAUGGUAAAGGAAGUGGGCUUGAUCAAUUGGAUGAACCUUACGGUUUGGUUGUCGAUCAUUGCGGUCAAAUUGUUCUUGGUGGAAAUCACAGAGGAAAGGGGUCAAAUCAAUUCGAUGAUCCUCGUGGUUUAUCAUUUGAUUUGGAAGGAAAUCUUUAUGUCGCUGAUUGUGACAAUAAUCGAAUUCAAGCAUUUUCGUUAAUAUCUUAUUAA